AUGGCGCCAGGAAAAUUUGCAUCAGUUUUAAGUAAAUUUUGCGAAGAAGAAGAUGUCCUUAUUAUUCCAGAAUUUAUAACAUAUAAUCCAGAUGGAAUAAUUAAAGUGAAAGAUGUUGAUAAUUCUGAUUUAUCACAAAUAAUAACAUUAAAUGAAGAAUGUGAAAGUCGUCCACCACAAAUAACAAUUGCAUAUGAAAAUCCAGAAGAAGAAGAAAAUCCAAUCAAAGUUAUUUGUAAAAAUAUUUACAUUGAAUUUUCUUUUAUAUAUGCAAUUGAAAAAUCAUUGAGUUUGUUUCCAACUCUUGAUACUCUAAUAAUAGAAGAUUGUUGCAUAAGUUCAGAAUUUACUGAAGAAUUAGCCACAAUAUUAACAAAAGAUUCUGGAAAACAAAUUUCAAACCUGAGCCUAAGUGGUAAUUUGAACAUAACUCAUAAAUUACCACUUUUUUUGUCUUCAAAUACUGGAUUAAAAUUUUUAUCAUUUCAAAGAUGUGGCAUCGACGAUGAAGAUUUGAAGCUCAUAGUUGAACCUUUAUCAUAUUCUGAUGAAAGAGAAUCAAAAAUUUUACUUCUUAAUUUGGGUAUGAAUAAAAUAGGAAAUGUUGGAAUGUAUCAUUUGGCAAAUGUUCUACGAACGAAUCGAACUUUGACCUCAAUAUCAUUGAUUGGAAAUCGUAUUGGAGAUGAAGGUGUUGACUAUCUAAUUGAAGUACUACAAAAAUUUCCAUUGACACGAUCCGAAGGAGAACUACGACGAAGAAGAAUAUUCGAUCGAAUAUUAAAAGAUAAAUCUAAAACGGAACAACUUGCUGAAGAAUAUAAAGGAAAAGGAGAAACUGAAUCCCAAUCAUCAAAGACGAACGAUAGUAAGAAAAACGAUAGAAAUAGUACGACGGUUAGAAAAAUUCGUGGACCAGAUGGAAAAUUGUGUUUGGCCGUUCGGGGUGAACGUAAAAAUAAAUUAUCAAAACAUAAUUCACGAUUGAGAGUUGAUGCUGAAGAAGUUAAAAAAAAUUUUGAAAACGAAGAAAGAAACAACAGUGAAAUUCUAAUAGAUAAACAUCCUUUUGUCAGUGAGACUUCACCCGGAAAUGACCAAUAUUGGUGUUAUGGUUGUUGGUCAAUACAUAGUUUAAACCUUGCAUAUAAUAAUUUAACGGAAAAAUCAAUUGAAAAUUUCACAAAACUUUUAUAUGAGCAACAAGAAAAUUUUAAACCACCUAAAAAUGGAUUGACCAGAUUGAUACUCAUGGAUUCUCCUGCCUUGCAAAAUUUUGAUUCCGCCAUUAUUAAUCGUAAUUCAUUGAAAGAAAUGUUCGAAUUACCAACUUCGCAAUCGUUUACGUCAAAAUCAUCUCCUCGACGUACCAAUUUGUCAACAAGAAAAGGAAAUCCUUAA